UUCGACGUGCAAUUGAUUUGGCAUUGGAAGAAUGUGAAAGACAAAAUAAAAGUAAAAGUGAAGCAGAACUUUUGACUACUCAUGUACUUGAAGCAAUAAAAGAAUCAAUCGCCUCAAUUCGAAUGCAAUUUUUCUAUUCACUUUCAAAGCACGAAUAUUUAAUUUUUAAAGCAUUAAUUAAUGAAUUGGUUGCAACAGCUUUAGAUGAUGUCGAUUUUUCUUUUGUUUUUAUGAGAUAUAAAAAGUUGUGUACUUCUGAACAUUUAAUGCCUUUACCUUUAGAAGCAGCAUUUUAUCACAUUCAGGAAAUGGCUACUUUCCAAUUUGUUGUAAUCUCUUCAAAAAAUAUUAAACUCCAUUGCCGAAUUAAACUUGGAUUUCCUUUGAGUGAAGCAGAAUUUUGUUUGAGGCAAAUGGAUAAUUUAACAAAGAAGGCUAUUUAAUUAACAAUUUUUUAAAAAAUUUUUGGGAAGGUUUUUAAUUAUUUUUUUAUUAUUUUAUGUAUACAAGGGAAAGCCUUUGAUAAAAAUAUUUUUCGUGAAUUUUAGAAGAAAAAAGAAAAAAGUCUUGAUGUCGAGGCAGGGGCAAUUUUCUUUAACAUUCUUUUUAAUUCUCACAAUCCCAUGCUAUCCCCUAGUUAUUUUUUGGGAUAAUUUAGUUUUUUAUUUUCUCAAGGGGUUAACUUUGACCUUUUUUUAAAAUUCUUUUUUUUCUUAAUAUUUUUGAAGGCUUUUCCCUCUUUUUU